AUGAAUGAAUCAUUUCUACGCCAAACUAGAUAUUUAAUCCUCAUGAGUGAAAUAAAAAAAUUUAAUUUUUAUAAAAAAUCCUUAUUUUAAGAUUGAGCGAACCAUUUGGAAAAAAUCUAUUUUUCUGAAAAUUAGCCUCUUUAAAACUUUUUGGCCUUCAAAAGGAAUAAAAUUAAUAUGAAAAGAGUUAGUAACCUUCAAACCUCAUAUUUCAAAGCAUAGCGUUGGACUAUUUGAUGAGACUUUGGUAAAGCCUGGAGCACCAAUUUCAAUAUAUCGUUUGGUUUUUACUUUUGAGGUGAAAUAUCAGCAUGAUCGAGAUCACAACUUUGAUUGAUUUAUAAGGCGAACUUUUUGUGAGUUCCAAGAGCUUCAUCAAAACCUGCUGAAAGAAAUAUCUAGAGGAAACAUGCUGACAGUGCCUCUGUUUCCGGACGGUGAACAAUUUUUAUCAUCAACUCCAGAUAUACAGCUUGAAUAUUUAGAGAACUAUUUACUUGCAUUAACAGGUCAAAUUGAUGCAUGCAAUAAUCCUGAAUUUUGAAGCUUCUUACUCCUAAAUUAAUUGUAACCAAAUAAAAAAUAAUUUAAAUAUUUUAAAAAAUGUGAAAUCACAUAAUGAAAUUUCAAUAUAAAAUUAUAUUUUUUAAGAAUACAAAAAUGAUUUUUUUAAUUAAGGAAGUUAGAAGUCAGCGCACUCUCAUUUGAUGGGGCAAGCAAAAAGCGUAAAGAAGGCUACGUCCUUAAAAGAACAGGAGGAAGAAUUAGUAACGAAAGAAGGUGCUUUAACUGUUCUAAGCAUUUUAAAAGACUUCAAAAGCGCUGAAUGAUUAUCAGAGAUAAUAUGGUUGGGUAUUUAUCAACUCAUAUAAGAGAUACACUUCAUGAGGUGCUUAUGUUCAAAGGGAGAUUUGAAGUAGAAUAUGGGCUAAAAGAAACAGGAUAUGAAGAUGGCAUUAGAAUUAUUACGCUUAGAAGAGAUUUUAUAUUCAGAGCUGGGAGCAUUUUAAAAAGAAAUGAAUGAGUAGAGUCUAUUCAAGAAGCUUAUAAUCAGUCAGAAUGGCACAAUGAAAUCAUCAGAUAUGAGUCUUCUUUUCCAGUGAGGAAUAAUAUAAUUUAUUUUAUUGUAUUUAUUAUAAAUUGAUACAAAUUUACUUGUUUUUUAUAAAUAAUAGGACAAAAUCAUAUAUUAUAAGAUUUUAUAGAUAUCUAUAUAAGAUAAUUAUGUUAAAUGAUAUAUUGACGCAAGAUUUUAUUUCAAUGAAGUCUACGAAACUUUAAAACGUGCCCAACGUGAAGUUUUCAUAUCAGACUGAUGGCUAAGCCCUGAACUUUACUUAAAAAGGCCUUCCAAAAAGUUUGAUUAUUCCCAAGUAUGUGAAAUCUUAGGAGCUUUGGCAGAUAGAGGUGUAACCGUUUAUGUUCACGUCUAUAAAGAAGUAUCUUUAGCGUUAACCAUAAACUCUUUACACACAAAAAACACUCUUCAGCGGAGAAACCCAAACAUAAGAGUUGUUAGACACCCACACCGAUCUGCAGUCGGUGGAGAAUUCCUUUGAACUCAUCAUGAAAAAAUAGUCUGUAUUGACCAAGAAAUUGCAUUUAUAGGAGGGCUUGAUUUAUGCUAUGGUAGAAUGGACACAAAUGAGCACCUUUUAACUGAUUUGCAAGAGCCUUAUUUUUGGAAUGGCAUUGACUAUUCUAAUGUCAGAAUCGCUGACUUCUCAGAAGUGGCAAAUCAUGAAAGAGAUAUUAUUGAUAGAAAUACGCACCCAAGGAUGCCUUGACAUGAUGUCGCUUUAAAAGUUGUAGGAAAAGCGGCUGCAGAUAUAGAUUAAGAUUUUGCACGGCUAUAAAUAAGGCACCGACUAGCCGAACUACAUUGACUCCAGGAAAGGUGGCCUACGCUUGGUGAGUAUGCACCAGAGUGCACAUGAUAUAAAGUUUCAACCAAAAUUCGACCUCAUGAAUUUUCUUGCGAAAUUACCUUAGCUUAGGAUCAGCUCCCUAGGUUAAAUCCACCCCCUGUAGGAGUCCGAAGUUCCGAUAGAAGAAGACUAUAUGAUAUGCAAAAUCUGUCUAGCCCAUUUGGCAAAGACAGGAAAAAACCUUCAGAUGGCCGACUUCAAAAAAGAUAAAGAGGCUCUAUUUCCAGCUUCAUCAGAAUUGAUCCGGCCUGCCCCACAGGGAGUGCACCUCGGAGACUAAUUUCCUUAAACGUCACCAUUUUAUUUUUUGCUACAGAUAUAGGAAUGCAUUUUAUUGAGCUGUGAAACCAUGUGAUGACUGAUAUAACUGGAGCAUAUUAUAAAAAUAAAGACUUACUGCAGCCUAACUAUUCUAAUAACCGUAGAGGUGGGAAAAAAAGAUCAGUUGUAGAAAUGAGUAGGCCGAUAUCAGUAAACAGCUCAUUAUCAUUUCUUAAAGAAGAAGCCAAAGAAGAGCCACAGAGUAUAAGUGAAAGCUUGGAAAGUUCUUGCCCAGCGAUGCAGAGAAGCAAAUCCCAUGGAUUUCCUGAAAAUUUGUUUCAAGAACAGAUAAGAGAAAGAGGGACUUUAUCAUUGUCAGGGCCAUCAAGAAGGAUUAAUGUUGCUGAACUUGAUAAGAAAAUUGAGGAAGAAAACAAUCAGUCUAUUGAUACAGCAAUUCAUAUAGAUAGGACUCCAUUGGAUUCUAACACAAAAAAAGCUGUCAAUAAUUUAUUCUUUGGGAUUAGAAAUAGAGCUACUUGACUUAGAAAAAUAAUAGUUUUUAUGCUAAUUAGAAUAUUAUUGCCAGAUUAGGUAGCAUAAAUUCAAUUUAAAAUAGGAUAAUUUCAAAAGGAGGAGGAAUAAUUGAAGAAAGCACUGACAGGAAAAUGAGUGUCGUAGGUGACCAACUUACAGUUGUAAGUCCGCUCAGAAAAAACACACAAAGUAUAGUCCUUAGCCCGAUAACUGACCAUCAAAGACAAAUCCGAGAAAAAUUAGAAGCAGAAGAUGAGGCCAAGCUACAGAAAGAACUCGAAGCUGACCAAGAAGAAGGCGACGAAGCAUUUUCAAAAAAUCUGCUCCACCCAAAAAUGAAAGAGCUCGGACAAACAGGUACAUGUGAAUGCCAGGUAUUAAGAAGUGCAGGCUUAUGAUCCUUAGGCCUUGAGCACACUGAGCAUUCAAUCCACACCGCAUAUCUAAAUUUAAUCGACCAAGCUGACCAUUUUAUUUACAUUGAAAACCAGUUUUUCAUAUCCAGCACUGCUGGAAACCCAGUGAAAAAUCAAAUUUCUCAAGCCUUGGUUGAAAGAAUUAAAUGCGCAGCUAAAAGAAAAGAAAAAUUCAAAGUAAUUGUAGUCUGUCCUUUAUUGCCAGGCUUUGAAGGCUCCAUAAAUGACCCUGGAGCAGCUGUAUUGCGUGUUCAGCUCCAUUGGGAGUAUCAAACGAUAUGCCGAGGUAUAAAUUCUUUAUAUGAGCAGCUAAAAAGUGACGAAAAUAUUUAUGAUCCUUUAGAGUAUAUACGAUUUUAUGGGCUCAGAACUCAUGAUAUGCUCAACGAUACCCCAGUCACUGAAAUCGUAUAUGUCCAUAGUAAACUUAUGAUUAUUGACGACGAUAUUGUAUUAAUGGGCUCUGCUAACAUUAAUGACAGAAGCCUAUUAGGGUCAAAUGAUAGUGAAAUUGCUAUGAUAAUUUCAGACCAAAAAAAGAAACAAAGUAUAAUGAAUGGUCAGCCAAAAAAUAAAUCGUGUUUUGCUUAUACGCUGAGGAUUUCGCUAUUUAAAGAAAUCUUACUCCCCCCCCUCCAUGAGUGAUCAAAAACCAUUAGAAAAAUCCCUAUUUUUUGCCCCAAAAACCCACCCUCCGUGAGUGAACAAAAAUGUUUUUAAUACAAAAAUGUUUUAUGGAAAAAAAAAUUGAUAUAUAAAUGAUAAUUAUUAUAAUGAAAUCUAGAGCUAAUUCUGUUUAUUUUUAAACGAAUUGCUUUUUAAAACAUAAAUUUUGCAAAUUGAAUUAAUAUUUGCUUUCCAAUUUUUGCGAAUUAGGAUUUUUUUUAAAUUUCGAAAAAAAAAAUAUUUUUUUAUAAAAUUUAUAUAUAAAUUUUUUUAAAAAAAAAAAAAUUAACCCCCCUCCGUGAGUGAACAAAAUUUUUUUGUUCACUCACGGGGGGGGGGGGGAGAUAGGAAUUGAUGAUGAAGCGAUAAUAGAGGACCCGCUGAGUGAGGCGUUUGAUGAAUUAAUGUGAUCGACCGCGUCAAGCAAUACUGCAUUGUAUAAACAUAUAUUUAGAUGUUAUCCGGAUAAUGAAAUUUUGAGAAUUAGUGAUAUUGUGGGUUUUGAGUCUCAGGCUCAGAUGAAUGAUUAUGUGGUAUUGAGGGAAAAUUUCAAAGGGUUUAUAGUAGAUUUCCCAAUGGAUUUCUUGAGGGAUGAAGAUUUGAGGAUUUCGAUUUUUCAUAAGGAAUAUUAUAUCCCUGAUGUCAAUUUUGUAUAA